UGGAAAUAACUAUGUACGCAAUGGCUUUGUUUGUCACUGCUUGGGGAGUUUUCUUUUCGUGCAGAAGGUUUAAAAUCAUUCUCCAAUAUUUCUUGGGUCAGCCAAGGGACCAAAAGCCUCAAGAAGACACACAUCCAAAUGAAGAAAAAAAAGGGAAUGAGUUUUUCUUUUACUACUAUGCAAUGCAAGUCAGUAAUAUUGUUGGACACAGCCUCAAACAUUAUAGAUGCCAUACUGUUUCCUCCAUCACUCUGAGGAAGCUUGCAACUAACACUGGCCAUUGCAAAAUUGCAGAAAUUCAAGGUUAUCACAGAAACCCACAGAUGACGUGGGUAGCAGCUUCAAAAUACAAGUACACAGGAAUGUAUCUACUUACUGAUGGAUUAGUACGAUCAAUCAGUUCAAUGGCAAAGAGAUUUCCCUUGAUGUCAAUUCUUUGUAAUGUGUGUUGAAAGGUGGUUUAAUGUUAUGUAAAGAAAAUGUAAUAAUUAAAUAAAUGAGUUUGUCAUAA